AUGACACUCCCAGUAGGAGCCAUGCAGCUAGCUGUGGUAUCAUUCAUCGUGGGCCCCAUGGCUAUCAUCGCUGUGGCACUCAGACUGUGGUCCAGGUAUCUUCAGGGAAGGAAUCUGGCUUCAAAUGAUUACUUGGCAUUGGUAGCAUUGGUACUGGCUGAGUCCGCUUUGUCCGUGUUUCUGGCAGCUGGCUUUGCAGCUGGCUUGGGGGUUCAUUUAGAUGAGCUUUUAGCAACAGCGCCCCGAAAGUUCGCUCUGCACAUGAAGCUUUUCGUACCUGCCCAGCUGCUGUGGGCCGCAGCCAACUCGUGUGUCAAGGCAUCAAUAUUAUAUCUCUACAUCGACCUCUUUCCCAACAAGGUCUUUUGCCGUUUGUGCUAUGGUACCCUCUUCAUCACUGCCGCGUACUUCGCGAUGGUACUGAUCGAAGCCUUCGCGCUUUGCAAACCUGUCCAGUAUAACUGGGACAAAUCGAUCGAAGGACACUGCACUGGUGAAAAUAUCGCUUAUCUCGUUGCUGGCAUUGUCAAUCUCACCAUUGACACUUUCAUUGUGAUACUACCGAUGCCUCUGGUUUUCAAUUUGCAACUGAUUCUAUCCAAAAAGAUCGCCGUCUCUGCAAUGUUCAGCCUCGGGGCGUUGAUUUGUGUUAUUUCUCUACUCAGGGUCGUUUGGUUGUGGACUUGGAAUCUAGCUGACCUGACAUACACCGUGACACCUGGUGCCAUUUACUCGGUAUUGGAGCCAACCCUUGGGGUUGUGAACGCGUGUUUGCCCACAAUCAAACCUGCUAUCACCGAGCUAUUUGGAGCUGGCACGCUUCAGGGCACGAAAGACAGUUCCAACAGCGGGGGGAACUAUAGUAGCCGAUCGAGUCGAAAGCUCAACGGCAAGAUGAAAGGCAAUCUUACUCGGGAAUUCGAACGGCUUGAUGAUGAACUUGCACUUCAUGAAGUGCACAUCAACAGUCAUUCUAAUAUCGGUCUCAUCAGCGAUGACCACAAAUCGUCGAGUCCAACUUCGCCUUGA